UUAUAGUAUAUAUAUAUAUAUGAUAUAUAUCUAUGUUAAAAUUUAUAUCAAGAUAGUUUUAAAGUACUAUUAUAUUUUGUCGUAUUGGAGAAUUCAUUUGGAGCUUGUAAUGUUUAAACAAUCAUUCGAGAAAACUGCCUCUUUCUGAACUGUUUACAUAGUCAAGAGAAAAAGUAAUGUCCUUGUGAAAAUAAUGACAACUCAUUUGCCGGAUUCAAAUGUAAAAGUGGAACUUAAGUAUAAAGGAAGUACGAUGUAUUGAGUGCAUCGUAAAAAUAUUUUGAUAUUUUGAAAUGAUAAACUGUACAAAAUAUUAUUUGAAUGAUACAAGUCCUGGUUAAAAUGAUAUAAAUAAACAACAAACAAGUCGGCUAUCUAUUCUGUGAUAAAGCUUUAAUUGUGAUACACGUCGUUGUGAUAAACUUGUGAUAAACAUUUGAUUACGAGCAUAAUAUAAAACAAUGGAUCGUGCAAAAAUGUUCAAGGAUUAUUUUGUUAGCAGACAGAACACUGUGCUCAUCCCAAACGAGGAGUUUGGCCGAAGGAAGUUCAUAAAUGUUGGAAUAAACCGGUCGCUGAGUCUGUCCAGAAUAGAAGAAAUCAACAAAAACCAUACUGUCGAGAUGCGGUCAGCAAAUAAACAGUGGAUCCAUCCACCAGAUUCCAUAACAAGAGGUCAUAUACUUUACACAGUGAAGUUUUAUGGAGAAUGUGAGGUUGAGUCACCAAAAGGUACAGAUGUUGUGAAAGAUGCUAUACGUAAACGAAAGUUUAACAAGACUAUACGAAAGACUGAAGGUCAGAAGACACCAAAAGUAGAAUUAUCAAUAUCAGUGGAUGGUGUGACCAUACAAGAACCAAAGACUAAAAUUGUAAAACAUCAGUAUCCAUUACACAGAAUAUCAUAUUGUGCAGACGACAAGUCGGAUAAACGUAUGUUCUCCUUCAUUGCCAAGGCCUCCGACUCAAAUAAACAUUUCUGUUAUGUGUUUGCAAGUGAUAAAAAUGCAGAGGAGAUUACACUGACCAUUGGUCAAGCAUUUGAUCUAGCUUAUAGGAAGUUUCUGGAAACUCAAGGCAAAGAUGGGGACGUCAAGAAGCAGCAAGUUGUGCUGCAGAAAAAAGUUGAGGCAUUGGAAAGAGAGAACACACAGUUGAAAUUACGUAUCCGUGAGUUAGAGAUGUUGAAAGAUCGGUCAGAUAUAGAAACCUAUAAACAAAGUAAAAAG